UUCUCUUCCAGGGCGCGCUGGUGUUGCGCGGCUUGUGUUUUCAUCGCUGCGUUUGUGCGUCGAUCACCGGCGCUGCCCGAGGCUGGUGUGCAGGGGCUGCCGGGCGCUAUGGGAGAGCACCAGGGCCGCCCCACGCCGUGCGGUGCCGCCAGGCCGACGAGCGACACGAGGUUAUCCUCUGAUAGCACAAAAUCUGACGAGGAGCCCCUCUUAAGAAAAAACCCUGGUCGAUUUGUCAUCUUCCCAAUCCAUUAUCCUGACAUAUGGAAAAUGUACAAGCAAGCUCAAGCUUCUUUCUGGACAGCAGGUUCGGUGGACUUAUCAAAGGAUCUUCCCCACUGGACCAAGCUAAAGGCAGAAGAAAAACAUUUUAUUUCACAUAUUCUGGCUUUUUUUGCUGCUAGCGAUGGAAUUGUGAAUGAAAAUCUGGUAGAGCGUUUUAGCCAAGAAGUGCAGAUCCCAGAGGCUCGCUGUUUCUACGGCUUCCAGAUAGUAAUAGAAAAUGUGCAUUCAGAGAUGUACAGUUUAUUAAUAGACACUUAUAUCAAGGAUCCAGAGAAAAGGGACUUCUUAUUUAAUGCUAUUGAAACAAUGCCAUGUGUCAGGAAGAAAGCAGACUGGGCAAUGAGGUGGAUAAAAGACAGGAAAGCUACUUUUGGAGAGAGACUGGUUGCUUUUGCCUCGGUUGAAGGAAUUUUCUUCUCUGGUGCUUUUGCAGCUAUAUUUUGGCUCAAGAAGAGAGGACUGAUGCCGGGUCUUACUUUCUCCAAUGAACUUAUUAGCAGAGAUGAAGGUCUUCAUUGCAACUUUGCUUGUCUGAUGUUUCAAUAUUUAGUGAAUAAACCUUCAGAGGAGAGAGUGAAAGAGAUCAUUGUCAAUGCAGUUCAAAUUGAACAGGAGUUUUUGACAGAGGCCUUGCCAGUUGGCUUGAUUGGAAUGAAUUGCACUCUGAUGAAGCAAUAUAUUGAGUUUGUGGCAGAUAGGUUACUUCUGGAACUGGGCUUCUCCAAGAUAUUUCAAGCAGAAAACCCUUUUGAUUUCAUGGAGAACAUUUCACUGGAAGGAAAAACCAAUUUCUUUGAGAAGAGAGUUUCGGAGUAUCAACGUUUUGCAGUGAUGGCUGAAACAAAUGAUAUCGUGUUUACUUUAGAUGCUGACUUCUAGUACUGCUGCCUUCUUUGGGAAAUGAAUCUUGUCGAAGUAUUCAUUCCCCACCUGAUAGCUGCAAAAGCUUCUAUUAGAAGUGGAGUAUUCUGGGAAUAUUUCUCUGACUUCCCUCAGUUGGCUUGUUCUCAUCACUAUAUUUAUUGCAAGUUGCAAUUUAAACUUUUUCUGUGUGUGUACAUUCUUUCUGUAAAAUCAUCCAACAUUUUACACUUACCGUACAUGCCGGCGUAUAAGAUGACUGGGCGUAUAAGACGACCCCCCAACAUUUCCACUCAAAAUAUAGAGUU